AUGGAUCCCGCCAACCUCAUCACCCUCGACAACCUCUCCGAGCAGUUGCCGCAGUGGCGGCCCGACGACGAGAACCACUUGCAUGCCGUCGUGGACAUGGGCAGCAAUGGAAUCCGCUUCUCCAUCUCCUCGCUGGCGCCCCCAAAGACCCGCCUCCUCAUGCCCGUCUACACCACGCGCGCCGCCAUUUCCCUCUACGAUGCCCUGGCUUCCUCGCCUUCCGGUCACGAUUUCCCCCAAGCCACCAUAGAAGCUGUCUCGUCCACCCUUGCGCGGUUCCGUCAACUGGCUCUGAUGCAUCGAGUCCCGCCCGCCAACAUGGCCAUCCUGGCCACCGAGGCCAUGCGCCGCGCCGCCAACGCCGCCCAGAUGCUUGACGCCAUUGCUGCGGCCACAGACGGCCUCCGAGUCCAGGUGCUUGACCCGCCCGUCGAGACCCUCUUUGGCGCCGUCAUGGGGUCGAGAAGUGGCCUGGUCGACGUCAGGGGCGGUGCCCUGUUCCUGGAUCUGGGCGGCGGCAGCGUGCAGAUGACCUGGGUCGAUACCGACGGUGACCUCUAUGAAAUGGACGCGGCCGCUGCCGGAGAGAGCCUGCCCUAUGGCGCCGCAAGGCUGAUGCGCAUUCUCGAUGAAGAGCCCGACGAGGUGCAGGACAAGGAGAUCGGGAAGCUCCACGGCGGCAUCCGGCAGAUAUAUGCAAACUUAGGCGCCAAGUUUCCCGCGCUGCAGGCCAUCAAUAACGCUCACGAAAGAGGCGACGAGGGCGCCGUUGUCAACGUCUACAUGUGUGGCGGAGGCUUCCGAGGCUACGGCAGCAUGCUGAUGCACAACGACGCCAUAUCCCCCUAUCCCCUCUCCUCGACCAACGGCUACUCGGCCCCGUGCCGCUUCUUCUGCCAGACGGCCGAGAUGAGCCGUGUAAAUGAAGAGUACGACGGCAAAAUCUUUGGCUUGUCCAAGCGACGCCGCCGCCAAUUCCCGGCCAUUGUCGCCGUCAUUGACGCUUUCGUUGCCGCCGUGCCCAACCUCGGCCGUGUCACCUUUUGCGGCGGAUCUAACAGACAGGGCGUUUUGAUGAUGAAGCUCCCUUUGCACAUCCGGGAGAGCAACCCGCUCGACGUCCUAUCCCCGGUGUCCCAGGCUGAGAGGAAGCCGUUUGAUGCGGCGCUGCAUCUCCUGUCGGCAGCCCUGCCGGCAGGGCUGGCAUCAUCCGGCGUGCCCACCAUCUUCAGUCUCGGCCUGGGGCCACUCCUCGUCCGGGAAAUUUGGGACCGGGCCGGGCACGGCGCGGAUGCCAAUUCCGCCUUUGCCCUGCACACUUCCAUCGUCCGCGACUCGGAAAGCCCGGGCCUCACACACCUCGUCCGCGCUGUUCUCGGCCUGAGCGCUUGCGCGAGAUGGGCAUGUCAUUUGUGCCCCGCCGAUGCUCGGCUGUUUCAGGGGUUGCGUCGUGUUGCCGACAGUCACCAUGAAGACGCCUCCUUCUGGGCCAUCUACGUCGGCGCCGUCUCCAGCAUCCUUGCUUCCCUGUUCCCUGUCAUGCCCCAGGACGCUCGCCAUCUCCUGGACACUGUCCGUUUUGACACGCACAGGGUUCCAGGUAACAAAGGCAAAAGGGACAAGAUUGUGCUGAAGAUUGGCGUCGCUUCCGCCUGCGCCGAAUUCGUCGACACGGAAGGACUUGCCGACAGCUUCGAGUCGACCAUGAGCAGAAAGGAAACAAGGCACACUUUCAAAGUCAUCGCUCAAUUUGCCGCCCUCUCAUAA